CUCCCGACCUCCCCGCGAGCCGGGCUGCAGGGCGUGCGCGGCGCGCGGAGCAGGUGCCGGCGAGCGCCUCGCAUGCCGCUGCCCGGCCGGAGGUGGUAGCGGCGCCGGGCGCGCUCCGCCCGCCCCUCCUGCGGGCCGCACUCGGGCUCCGGCGCGCGCGGGGAAAUGUCGGUGGCGACGGGCAGCAGCGAGGCGGCCGGUGGGGCCGGCGGCGGCGGCGGCGCGCGGGUUUUCUUCCAGAGUCCCCGGGGCGGCGCCGGCGGCAGCCCCGGCUCGAGCGGUGGCUCGGGCUCCUCCCGGGAGGACUCGGCGCCCGUGGCCACGGCGGCCGCUGCGGGGCAGGUUCAGCAGCAGCAGCAGCAGCAGCAGCAGCAGCAGCAGCAGCAGCAACGUCGCCACCAGCAGGGAAAAGUGACAGUGAAAUACGAUCGCAAGGAGCUUCGGAAGCGGCUCGUGUUGGAGGAGUGGAUCGUGGAGCAGCUGGGUCAGCUGUACGGCUGCGAGGAAGAAGAAAUGCCAGAAGUAGAAAUUGACAUUGACGACCUUCUUGAUGCAGACAGUGAAGAAGAGAGAGCUUUAAAGUUACGGGAAGCUCUUGUAGACUGCUACAAACCAACAGAGGUAAACGAGUCACUUUUCCUAAAUGCCGUGUUUGAAAUCGUUGUUAUGAAACCAGUCUGUGUAUUUUUAAAGCUAAACAGCACUUCAUGGGUUUGGUUAUGUGUAUACUAAGCAGAAGUUACUAUCUGCAAGUGAAGUGCAGUAUUAAACUUCCUUAAGUGUGUGUCGAAGCAUGUCUGGUUCAGGAAGGCUCAAAACAAAUGGAAUUGGGUGUGUUGCUUGUUUUUAUAUAAAAACCAAAUUCAAAGGUACUCAUGAGAGGGUUUGGAAUCAUUUUAGCAAAAGUCUCAGAUUUAUAACUGGAGAAUACAUUCUUUUAGUGCAUAGAUAUGCAGUUUUGAGAUGCUAAAAGCAGAUUCUGUCAUUCAAAAGAAUUACUUUUAUUGGAAGAAGAAAUUUUAUGCCUUGUUUGUAUAUUUAUCAUCAAGUGUAUAAAUAUUAGUGUAAAGAACAAUGGAUAUUAGUUUGAUUAGACCAAAGCAUUUCAUAUAUACUCUAAAGAGCGAAGGUACAAACAGUAUAGAAAUUGAGGAUUUGAUCAGUUAUGAAAAAGAUUGGUAACUGAAGUCCUUUUCAUUUGUUCCUGUGAUCAAUCAGGAAAAUUAGGAGAUUCAUUAGAUGUUUUUUUCACAAAAGUGUGUAAGAUUUAAAUGACUAGGGUGUUUUAUGAUCAUUUGGCUUGAGGCCAAGUGCUUAUUUGAGCUUCAAUCUUACAAUUUCUGUUUCCUUUACGUUGAUUGCAUCUCACACUCAGAUUUUUAAUUUUAAUUUUAAAAAUUAAAGUUAUUAAAUAUAUUUUUUAAUUAGUGUAAUAUAUAUUCAUAGUUUUGAAAGCCAAAGAUACAAUUAGGCUUAUAAAGAAAAAAUAACAUUGCCUUUCCCAUCCCUGAGUUCCUCUUCCUAAAGGUAUAUAUUUUAUAUUUGUAUAUUUGUAUAUAU